AUGAAUGGAAGACUCCAAGGUUCUUUUAAAGGUGAAAAAGGUUGUCGCCAAGGAGACCCUAUUUCUCCGCUAAUUUUUGUUCUUGUUAUGGAUUACUUGACCAGAAUCCUGAACUUUCAUCCUGGAAAAGUUAGCUUCGGUUUUCAUCCUCUCUGCAAACAGCUUAAGCUUGUCAACUUAUGUUUUGCGGAUGACCUUGUGAUCUUUUGUAAGGGCAAUGAAAAAUCUGUGAGAUUUAUUCAUGAAGCUUUCUCAUUAUUUUGUGACACAACAGGUCUAAAAGCUAAUAUGAAUAAGUCUGCUAUCUACUUUGGAGGAGUCAAUGAAGCUACUAAAAGGGCCAUUCUGAACUUGGUGAAUAUGGAAGAAGGCUCUUUCCGUCUCAAAUAUCUGGGAGUGAAGCUUUGUCCUACAAAAUGGAAGACUUUGGAUUGUGGUUGCAUUUUGGAUAAGGUUAGCAGCUGGUACUUCAAGAAAAUCUUGAGACUCAGGGACAUCAUUAACCGAGAUGCUCUCUUGGGGGUGGCCGAGGGACUUCAAGCAUUGGAAGGACUGGUGUUCGAAGACGAUGAAGAACUUGCUGGAAAGGGUGAUAAACGCUGUCAUGACUGCUACAGUGUAUUUCUUAUGGCAGAAUAG